AGAAACAUUCUAGAAUUAAGCUGCUAUCCGUGGUGCUGAACCCCAUUGUGUUUGUCGUUUCCAUGCUAACAAUGUAAACAUAUAAAUAAAGUGGCAUCUGAUUAAUGGAUGGCUCUGUGAGUAGGAUUAAAGCAAAGACAAAAACAUAAGGAGAAUAAGCAAUCAAUAUCUCCAUUUGUGACUAUUUAAAAAGUAAUAUGGUGUGUUUGGUUGACAAACUAUUAAAUUGUACACUUUAUGCACUUUUUAUGCUAGACUUUAGAGGAACCGUUGUCCUCUUGGUGUCACUGCUAUAUCACAAACCUAGAGCUAGUCCCUCCCGAGAUGAAUCUUUUGUUUGGUGCUUCAGAGCAGAGGUACAGUCCAUGAAAGCAGGACAGACGAACCAGAGCGAAUUUUGAACAGAUUGAGAAAAGCAAGGUAUAAAACAAAAAGCGGAUUUUUCUUAACUGAAAAAAAUAUAUAAUGGGGAACAAAAGACGUUUGGGAUUGAUUGAACUCCGCUGGCUUGGUUUUUUUCUUCUGCUGAUUUUCGUGACUCCGGCUGCGGCUGAGCUGAGAUACUCCAUCCCGGAGGAGGUGAAAGAAGGAACCGUUGUGGGGAACAUCGCCAGGGAUCUCGGUCUGGACAAAGCGUCUUUGAUUGACCGUCGGUUCCGUGUUGUGUCUGGAUCUAAGGAUGCUUUUUUUGAGGUGAAUUCGGACAAUGGCGCUUUACAGGUUCGUAAAAAAAUUGACAGAGAGGAGCUUUGUCACGGGAGUGGCGCGUGCCUAAUGGAGCUGAAACUUCUGGUUGAAAACCCGCUGGAGAUGCAUCACAUCGUUAUAGAAAUCACUGAUGUAAACGACCACCCUCCCAGCUUCUCUGAAAAGGAACAAACCUUUGAAAUAGCAGAACAUUCGUCACCGGGAACGCGGUUCCAGUUACACGCAGCUCGUGAUCCGGAUGCGGGUGUGAACUCAAUCCGCACAUACACGUUAACAGCAAACGAUUACUUUGAUGUAGAAAUAAGUCAAAGUGACGAGGAAAAGGUUCCGUUUUUAGUCUUAAAGAAGUCGCUAGACAGGGAAGAAAAGAACAAACAUUUGUUGUUUCUGACAGCAGUUGAUGGCGGUAAACCCCCGAGGUCAGGGAGGCUCAAUGUCUCCAUUGUUGUUCUUGACAGUAACGACAACCUCCCGACGUUCAAUAAGGAGACAUAUCAAGUAGAAAUGCAAGAAAAUGCGUCCAUUGGAACAACUCUGAUUAGGAUUAGCGCCGUGGACCCAGAUGAAGGGAUGAAUGGGGAAAUAGAAUACAGCCUGAGUAAAACAUUAGCUCGUAGAGUGUAUGAUUUAUUUCACCUGGACAAAGUGAGUGGGGAGAUUACUCUAAAAGAAAAUCUGGAUUUUGAAGAUUCAGAUACGUUUAAACUAGAUGUUCAAGCAUCUGACAAAGGGCAGCCUCCACUGAUAGGCAGGUGUAGGAUUAUCAUAAAGAUAAAAGAUGUUAAUGAUAAUGCACCAGAAAUAGAGGUCACCUCAUUGUCAAAUACUGUGCCUGAAGAUUCAAAACCAGGAACUGUCAUUUCACUAAUCAGUGUAACUGAUAAAGACUCAGGUGUUAAUGGGAAGAUCAUUUUAAAAAUAACAGAAGUAGUACCCUUUGAAUUAAAACCAUCAUAUAAGGAGAACAUUUAUUCUGUUGUCACUAAAGAUAAUUUUGACAGAGAAGUAGAGCCACAGUAUGAAAUCAUUAUAAAAGCAACAGAUUGUGGUGAACCUCCUUUGUCUACUUUCAAAACUCUUGGCAUUCAAAUAUCAGAUGUAAAUGAUAACAGGCCUCAUUUCUCUCAAAACCCAUCACACUUUUAUCUAAUGGAAAAUAAUAUUGCUGGAGCAUCAAUAUUUUCUCUAACUGCUACAGACAAUGAUGUGAAUGAAAAUGCAGCAAUUUCAUUUCAUAUAGCCAGGGAGAAUGAUGUAACAAGCUUCUUAAAUAUAAACUCAGAAACUGGAGAAAUAUCCGCGCUGAAAAGUUUCGACUUUGAAACUGUGAAAACGUUCCAGUUCCAAGUUGUGGCCUCAGACUCUGGAAGUCCGUCCCUGAGCAGCAACGUGACAGUGAACGUGUUCAUUCUGGAUCAGAACGACAACGCUCCAGUCAUCCUGUAUCCAGUCAGCUCCAACGGUUCUGCUGAAGGUGUGGAGGAGGUUCCCCGCAACGUGAACGCAGGACACUUGGUGACUAAAGUCAGAGCCUAUGAUGCUGAUAUAGGAUAUAAUGGCUGGCUGCUGUUCUCACUGCAGGAAGUGACUGACCACAGUCUGUUUGGUUUGGACCGCUACACAGGACAGAUCAGAACACUUCGCUCAUUCACAGAGACAGACGAGGCUGAGCAUAAACUGCUCAUCCUGGUCAAAGACAAUGGCAACGUUUCACUGUCAGCAACAGCUACUGUCAUUGUCAAAGUGGUGGAGCCCAAAGAGGCUUUUGCAGCUUCUGAUGUGAAGAGUUCAGCCAAAGAUGAUGAGGAGACUGAUGUGACUUUUUACCUGAUGAUCACUUUGGGCUCAGUGUCGGUUCUGUUCCUCAUCAGCAUCAUCGUGCUGAUUGCAAUGCAGUGCUCCAAGUCCACAGAAUAUACUUCUAAAUAUCUCCAAGAGGCUAAUUAUGAUGGGACACUGUGUCACAGCAUCCAGUACAGAUCUGGAGACAAACGCUACAUGUUAGUAGGACCCAGGAUGAGUGUAGGAUCUACUAUAGUACCUGGAAGUCACGCAAACACUCUGGUGCUGCCUGACAGGAGGAACACUUCUGAGGAGGUAAGACAUGCAAGCUAUUGUUUUUCUAGGUAAAGUAAUUU